AUGGGCUACAAGGACAUCAACGGCAAGUCCAAGAUCAUGGCCUCCACCCAGUUCGAGUCCCUGGACGCACGUCGGGCCUUCCCCUGCUGGGACGAGCCCGCCAGGAAGGCCACUUUCGGCCUGACCCUGGUGGUGGACACAGGCCUGACGGCGCUGAGCAACAUGCCGGAGAAAUCCCGGCGAAGCCUGGAGGGAGGUGCCACUCGGCCACGUUUGGAGAUGGGUUAA